AUGAAAUCCAUAUAUUCGUCGCAGACGGUCAGUAUUCCAGAUGGUGUUGAGGUAUCUAUUCAUGCUCGCAAUGUUACAGUCAAGGGAAAACAUGGAGAAUUGAAACGUUCAUUUCGUCAUUUACCCCUAGAUAUCAGACACUCUAAGAACAAGAAGACUAUAAUCAUCUCAUUGUGGUUCGGUUCUACUACUGGAAUAGCAUUUAUCAGAACCAUUGCUACUCACAUCCACAAUAUGAUAAAGGGUGUUACUGAGAAGUACCAGUAUAAGAUGAGAUUCGUUCAUGCUCAUUUCCCUAUCAAUUCUUCAAUCAAUGACAACGGAAAGAUCAUUGAAAUUCGGAACUUUUUGGGUGAAAAAAGGGUGAGAGUGGUUAAAGUGCUACCGGGCGUUACGGUUGAGAAGUCCAAGAAUGUCAAAGAUGAAAUCAUACUUACAGGUGCAGAUCUUGAAAAUGUUUCUCAUUCCGCAGCUUUGAUUCACCAAUCCGCUUUAGUGAGAAACAAGGACAUUAGGCAAUUUUUAGACGGUAUUUAUGUCAGUGAAGUUGGUACUCUAAAGGAUGAUGAUCAAUAA